CGCUCGUGGGUUAUUUAACACUGUUGGUCGCUUAAUUUUGCUUCUGUGCCAGUAGGAACAUGGCUCACACGAGAAUUUCUGCCAAGCUACCUCCGCACAUCGACCCAACCAAAGCACCGGUCGCGUUCGCGGACAGGGGUCUGCCCAAACUCAAUCGAGAGCUGGCCGACCGCGAACUCAUCACUAGACAGCGCGCACUUAUGGCCCUGUGUGACCUGAUCCACGACCCCGAAUUAGCUUAUACGGCCAUGGAGGUCGGUUGUUUGGAGAACUUGAAGCUCCUGUUGAAAGAUGAAGAUGGUACUGUCCGCCAGAAGACCACAGAAAUCUUCUACAUUUUGGGAACCCACAGUAUUGGAAGGUUUGCAAUUAUGGAACAUGAAGUAAUUUUACCAUUAGCUAAUCUGCUCGAUGAUCCUGUGGACAUUUGUCGUAGAAACAUGCAUUUGGCUCUAGAAAUGCUCUCGGAGAUUCCUGCAGGCGCAGCCACUAUCGUCGAUGCCGGCUUGGUUCCCUUGCUGAUAAUGAAACUGCGCACAGAGCUCGAUGAGAUUCAGGAGCUGAUACUGAAGACCCUGCAUUUUUGUCUCCGCAUGGACACCGAACAAGCCCUGCACGCCGAAGGUGUUACCGUGCUGAAGUCUAAGCUCACACAUGUUUCCGACGCCAUUAGGAGUCUGGCUGCACAGGCGCUGAUGGACAUCAGUGCACCAUUAGAGGGGAAGAACAAAGUGUGUGAGGAGGAGGUGAUUCCGAUCCUGGUGGAGCUGCUCAGUGACCAAAAUGGCGAGGUCAGGGCAAUGGCAGCAGGAGCACUGAUGUUUGCCACCAUUACCACACAAGGGAAGUAUAAAGCACUGGAGGCUGACAUCAUCCCCCCUUUGCUCAUCCUGCUGAACGACCCAGUAAGCAAGGUCCGGCUGAACAUCAUCAAAACCAUCACCACCAUGUCUGAAACCCCUGAGGGCAGAAAGAUACUACUAGACCACCUGCCGCUUUUUGAGAGCAUGGCCCAGGACCCCAGUGAGGCCGUCAGAAAGGCUGUUAAGAUCGCUAUUGAUGUCAUCACUUGGAAACCAUAGCUGACAAACUAAUGCUUCUCACAUCUCCGAGGCCCAAAAAACUUGCGUUGUUUCUUUGACCCUUCAGUCCCAUCUUGUAUUUUCAAUUUGGUUCACAUGUAUUUCCUUCCUUUAUGUUUUUUUUUCUUCUCCAACACAUUCUGCCCUGGACACACCCCACUCUCCAUCUUACCUCCCCAUAUUGCCUGCAGCCCUGGAAAGGUGAAACCCCGAUGAGCAUCCUUUGAUCUUGUUUUAAAUUUUGACAAUCAGUAGUUGCCAGCUUUACCUUGUUUGCCAUCAAGUUAAUUUUUUUCCAUUACCAAAUAUUAAAUGUGUCAAAUUUUAAUGUUCUACUUUAAAAUUAAGAUCUCAUUAUCCUCAAAAGUUUGCUAAUUCUUCUCAAAUGAUCAUUUCUGUGUCCCCUUAUGCCUUUCUCAUGAAUGCUCUCUUACUCUUUCUUCUGGCCCACCCUCCCACCCUUUCUUUCUCUUGCUUGGGGCUCUGGUCUCUGCACUGUAGUAAUCAGUGACUAUCAGUAUCACUGUUCUGUGCAGUGUUUUGAUGUUCAAUAGCUUGAGUAUAGUGGAAAUAAACUGCAAAUAUCAC